GUUUCCAUGGCAAAGGGAAUAAACUUGCCGGGAGAAGAGGAGACGGGGGGGCCGUAGAGGGGGGCGCGGCUCCGGAGCACAGGAGGCCAGCCUUGUCUGCAGAAGGAUAUCAGGGUGGUCUGCAAUCUUGCAUUCCUGAUGGCAUUUGCACCUCCCAAAACCAUGGAUGGCCCCAAACUGCAAACCAAGAUGAGCACAUGGACUCCUCUGAACCAUCAGCUUAUGAAUGACAAGGAGCCUUUCUUACUGGCUGCCAAAACAACAUGUUUGGAGUUUGCAAUGAUGAAUAAUAUUUUCCUAGUUAUGGUAUUUGAAGAAAGAAGAGCUUUGCUUGGAAAAUGGUUUGACAAGUGGACAGAUGGUCAGAGGCGAAGGAUCCUAAUAGAUUUGUUGGAACGCUGCUCCCUGGCGCAGCAGAAAUUCUGUUCUAAGCAGUUGCAGGACCGAGUUCCAGUUGUAGCCCUGGAUUUCACCACAAAGCUUCCCAGAGUGUUGUCUUUAUACAUCUUUUCUUUCCUAGACCCCAGGAGUCUCUGUCGAUGUGCACAGGUGAGCUGGCACUGGAAGUACUUGACAGAGCUAGAUCAGCUCUGGAUGCUUAAGUGCCUGCGUUUUGGCUGGUACAUCAACUUCUCUCCGACCCCCUUUGAGCAGGGAAUCUGGAAGAAACACUACAUUGAGAUGGUGAAGGAGCUUCAUGUAACCAGGCCCAAGACCCUUCCAAAAGAUGAAUUCGUGGUCAUUGAUGUCCAGCCAAUAGCAAGAGACGUCCCAGAGACAAAACUAUCCCCUUCCUUGGUUUUCCAAUCAGCAUCUGUGCUAGGAAAGAGGACAGAGAAGGAGAAAAAAGAGCUCCCACCAUGGCGGUCUUCGGAUAAACAUCCCACGGACAUUGUCCGAUUCAACUACCUAGACAACUACGAUCCCAUCGAGCAAGUGAGGCAGGCUAGAAAGAAAGGAGGAGGACUAACCCCAGACCUCAGCCGGCAAGCAUUUGAGAAAAAAAGGAAAUCGAGCUGUGCAUCUUAUAAGCUUCGGAAAGCAAAAUCACUGCACUCCGAGGCUGAAUCACCAAAAACACAGGAGUGCAAAAACAAGCUGUCCUUAUCUGCAGACCUUGGCUCUAGCCCAAAAGGACCAGUUCGCCCAAGCUGGGCUACUCACCAGUCAACAGGGUACCCUGUUACCAAAGCAACAGCUAAGAUCCUAGCUCAAAGUGCCCAGUGGAAUGCUGGGAUACGGCCAGCCCCUGUUCGACCUCCAGUACCAAAGCUGAGUGAAAGAGGGAAGAAGGCCUUUGCAAGGAUGAGCAGAAGUUCUCCAUGUUACAUCCCCACUGUUUGAAGCUCAGCCCUGGCAAAUUCCUCCAUCGGACCAUGGAUCUGACGCAGAGUAAGGAAGUGAAGGUUCAGUGCAAUUCAUCUCAGCCAAACCAGCUCAUCUGCCCAGCUUUCAGAAGAUGCCGAUCACAUCCCUGAUUUACUGUGAAGAACGGAUGUUACUGACAUUUAAGAAUCAUGCUCAAAGUCUCAAGGAUCCAGCUCCAUUUUUUUAUAUCACUUGUCACAAUAAGAGACUUCCUCCCCACCCUCAUUGAACUCACGAUACAAUGGCUAUAAAGUCACUGUACAAUGCGGAGAAACAGGCAUGCAGACCCUGAGGGAGAUUUACUAGUAUAGCUCUGGGCUGACUGCAUUGCAGCCAUUUUACACUGAAGGGUUUCUGGGGGAGGAGCUAUCUUUUACUGUGUAUACAGCACAUAGCAGAGUCGGCCCUCACUAUGGCUAGGAUCUCCAGGUGCUGCCAUAAUACAAAUAAGUCAUGCAAAACUAGGGUGAGAUCAGAAUUUGAAUCAGUAUCUUGUUUGCUAUCUUGCCUUUUUUCAGUAUGUUUUCUUGUCUCUGCUGCUUUGGAUGCUGACGCCUCAUUCUACUUUCACUCAGUGUGUGUCUUCACUGCAGAGUUAACUUGGGCAAUUGGCACCCGGGUUAGUCUAAUCCAGGUGCAAGCUGCCACACUGCAAAGCCUUACUGUCUUACUGUGUCCUCACUGGUGCUGAACUCCCAUGUGUGUGUCAUUAGGACUUUGGGGGCAUAUCCCGUGGUCCUGUGUGCUGCAGUGUGC